AUGGCUACCACGGCAUCAGCUGCUCGCGAUAUCCCCCAGGCCUCCUUGAACCGAGACAACUUAGCUGUUGUAGCGGAUCGGAGCGAACCUGCGACUGUGGCACGAACACUCGACCUCCCGACUCCUCCCAACUCCAUCUCGCCAGCCCUCGCGGCCCACGGCCUCAAGGCCCAGCUGCAGAAGGCCACGCUCGAGCCCAUCGACUCCGACCUCGACCUCCACGAGUCGGCUGAUGGGAGAUCCGUGUCGCCGCCCCUCGAGGCCUCGGGCGCCAUCACGUGCGCCCUGCUCGCCAAGUACCACUUGCCUGACAUCCUGCUGAACCAUGGCCCGCUGGCCAUCAGGCACGUCAUGGGCUAUCUGACGACAUCUGUCCCUGGCUUCUCGGGCAUCCCACCUGCCAAAGCGCGCAGGCUGGUCGUUGGCGCAUUGGAGGGCCGAGGCGGCGAAGGAGGAGGACCGCAAGGAGACAUACACUUUGAAAAGGUAGGAUGGGGGCGAUGGGACGCCUGUCGCAGAACCUCUGGCCCCAGGUCUCGCAAGACCUCCCCCAGCAGGCUAUCACCCCAUUCUGCCGGCAUCCCCAUUGGAGGCGCGUCGCGUCACGAGAGACUCAAGGUCCGAUCCUCGGGACAGGAGUCUAUGCGUUUCUCGUACGACGACAGCGCCGUCUCGGUGAUGGAGAACGAGGCCGAUAAUAUGUCGCUCGAUGGCUCUGGAGCAGCCUCCUGCUCGGAAGCCCCCGAUGACGACAUGAUCUUGGGCGACAAUCCGGACGAUGCCACGGAUGAUGAGGACUGGGCUGCCGUCGGAGCAGCUGCCCUUCGCGCUGAGUCCUACCGUGCUAGCUUCUCUAGCCGCGGCCCAUUCAGCCCUCAAUUUGGCGCGCGAUCAUGCUCAUAUGGCAUGAUCCGCUCGCCGCAGACACCGAUCGAGUUGCUGUCCCUCAAUGGACCUUCUGACGCGCAGGAGCGUGAGGCUAUUGAGGGUCUUUUGCGACUUGGUUCUGUAUAA